AGUAUUGUAUUACCUAGAAAACAUUUUCCUGUUUAAGCUGUAUCGACCUUGCUUUCAAAAGAUUCUUAAUAUUCCAGCAAAUGAUGAAGAUACCGUGGAUAGAAAAGGGUUAGGAAUGAGGAGAUAUUGGAAACAGUAGGAAAGCAACGGGCGCUAUGGAAAUCAAUAAAAAAUAGGCGAGAGGUUUAUAGGACACUUUUUCAGACAUGAAGAGCUAAUUGGAGAAAAAUUGGAAGCGAAACAGGAGUUAAGAGGGGUAGAGGUGGACCUAGUCGAGAUUACUGUUCUUCUGCUAUGGAUGAGGAUUUUCUAUGGUUUGAGGGAAAUGCGAAGGAUAGGAAAGAGUGGGGGUGUGUGUCCAACCAACAAACUCUUAAAAGCAUUUUAUUUAUUUCACAAAUCUUCACAUUCUUUGCCAACAUCUGAACGUUCGUCUUCAUCAUUAAAUGAAGCAAAUUCUCCUGAAGAAGUUCUGUCUAGUAUAAAAGAUGCUGAUCUACAAAAAGUAACAGAUCUAAAGCUUCCCCUCGACGACAUGGAAGAAGGUGGGAACGAACCACACACUAUUAGUUCCCUUCAGAUGUCACUUCAACCAUUGCUUGCUCCAGAACAAGGGCAACAUUUUGAAAGAAAUGUUUUAGUACCGUUGUUUCAACCAAAUGCUUUUGAUAAUUUAAGGAACGUUAAAAACACGCCUGAGCAAAAUGUGCUGGAUAAUUUAAGGUUUUCCUACGGUUUAGACAGAAUAAGUCCGAGUAGCAUCAGCGAGGAGCUAGUGAUUUUAGCCCAACCCCAGGAGAAAGGAGAGAGAGCAGAUUUUGUAGAAGAUGUUAUUCCCUUAAAAGAACAUUCUUUGUCUAAAUACGGGAAUGAUAAUGUACAAAGAAGCUUUUCAUUUCAAGCAUUCGAUCCUUAUGAUGAUUUACUAGUAGAUGAAUACAAAAAUUUUAACGAAAAUAAUAAGCUGUCGUCUGAAGAUUAUAUGGAACAGAUGAAUCCCUAUUUGAGUUCCCGAGCCCAAGGGGGAAGAUCUUUGGAAUUUCCUGUUAACGGAAGAUCAUUUAAUGGAGCAGUAGAUGAUGAUAUGGAAACAGCUGAAUCGUCUGCUGCUAUGUUUAGACCAAUGUUUACAUACAGAUACCAAAAAGCAAAGAAGAUACCUCCAAAUAAACCACCAAAAAGGCGGGUAACCUAUGGUUCCAAGAGAAGGAGACCAUCAAUGCGAUAUCCAAUUCAUUAUUUAUAA